AUGCCAGCGAGUCGCCACGCCCGGAGCCGCAAUGUGAGACCCCUCUUUCGGAUCCGCCUACUGAAACAUGGCGGAUCCGCCCCUCACCAUAGCGCAGAGAACGACUCGAGCGACCCCACAAGGGGUUCUCCGGUCUCCUCCCCCACCCUCACCCAGACUACACCCCCUCGUGACCUAUCCAACUGGUACCUUGGCCUCCAUUCCGGUACUCGGUGCAUCGCCACCUCCCAAGCCGACGUCCGCGUAUCCAAGGACGGCCACCCUGUCCCAGUCUACCUUUGCCCCCCUUCCGGCACCCAUCCUAUCUGCAAAGUAUGGGAGACGAUCGUCACAUCCUCCAUCAUCCCUAUCGCGGAUCGACUGGGCGUUCCUUUUACCUGUAUUGUUCUCAUCUGUAUCGCUCGUCCCUCGGGCGAAGUAGGCGAGACGGAGAAGGAAGACGCAGAGGAGCGUUGGCCGCCCAUCAUCUGGGUGGCUGUCAAGCCCGGGUGGUCUGAUAGAUCUCCGUCCGGGAGGUUCGUAGAGGAGGUGAUGGAAGUCCUGUGGAAGUCCUGA